AUGGGGGACAAAAAAGGAGAGACUACCAAGAAACAGCAACAACAGCAGCAGCAACAUAUAUCAUCUUCUUCCGAUGACCCAGUUCAGGAAUCAGCAGAAAAUAUACAACAGCCGCAGCCACACCACCAGUCACCGCCGGUGGCGGUGGUGGUUUCUGGAGCCCCGUUUAUCUCUGCUCCCUUGUACAUCCCUAGUGGUGCAAGUUCAGGGUCCUUUGAUCCGCAGCUCCAAAAACAACAGUUUGAAGGCGUUAAUCCAAAGAGACCAAGAUACACUAGCGGUCAGUGGAAGCUCAUACCAUCUCCAUCUCAACAACAGCAGCAAAAGCAGACCCAGAUGAAUAUACUGAGUAGCGAGUCAAGCCCAUCUCCUUCGACUCACACCACCACCAACCCUCAAAACCAGCCUCAGCCUCACACCACCGCAGUUUCAUCAUCGGAUACAGCCUCAUCUCCUUCCCACUCUCCACGUCCUUGUCACUCUGCUGCCUCUGGUCAAGAGACCAACAAGCCAGAAGGAGUGGGAGAGCAGUUUCACCAUCAAUUCAGAAAGGGCAAGUACGUGAGUCCAGUAUGGAAACCAAACGAGAUGUUGUGGUUAGCCAGGGCUUGGAGAGUUCAGUAUCAAGGUGGCUCAGAGGGGUCUGGCUCGUCUUCAGCACCAGCAGAGGGAUCUCCGGCUACCGGAGGUGACUUGAGAGUCCAGCCGGCGAGAGGAAAGACUAGGGCAGAUAAAGAUAGAGAAGUUGCUGAGUUUCUAAACAGACAUGGGGUUAAUAGAGAUGCCAAGACCGCUGGUACUAAGUGGGAUAACAUGUUGGGUGAGUUUAGGAAGGUUUAUGAAUGGGAGAGAGGCGGAGAGAGAGAGCAAGUUGGGAAGAGCUACUUUAGACUUUCGCCUUAUGAGAGGAAGCUCCAUAGAUUGCCUGCUUCAUUUGAUGAAGAUGUGUUUGAAGAGUUGUCUCAAUUCAUGGGGUCAAGAAUGAGAACGCCUCAGAAUAGAGGACCUAUUAUUAUUUCCGGUGGUGAGGACAGUCGAUCUGAUCAGACAGCCACAAAGUUUUUGCCUCCACCUCCUCCUCUCAGAGAAGAAGACCUUCCUUUCUCUGCGAGGGUGAAGCAACUGGUCAUGACGGGUGGACUCAGUGGAGGUGAAACUUUCCCGCACGGGACUAGAGGGAGCUUAUUAGGGUUUGAGACUUCUUCUUUAGACCUUGUUGGCCCAUCAUCUUCAUCUUCGAAGGAGCUUCGUCGAAUUGGAAAGAUACGAAUGGUAUGGGAAGAAUCAGUUAGCUUGUGGGCUGAAGAUGGUGAGCACCACAGAGGAAGAGUGAAGCUUCAAGGUUCGAGCUUUUUAAACGCAGAUGAGCUUACAUUCUUGGAUGAUUCCAUGGCUGCUUGCACUAUGGAAGCCUUUGAAGAUGGGCCAUUGAAAGGCUUCUCUGUUGAUAGAUUCGUCUCUGGACAGCAAGUCAAAGUCUUUGGCCGAAGAAAGUCUUUCUCAGCUCCUGCUCCUCCUUCGGCUAUUCCUCCAUGGGAGUUUCAAGACCCAAGUGAGUACUACCUAGGUUGUUUGCGAGCUCCACCACAAACACUUCCAAGCUUAUUUGAGCUCUCAUGGCAUGUACAAGAACCACCGCUGGAGGAGCUACGUUUCCCUCUUCGGAAGGACGUAUACCGAGACUUGCCUCAAGGCAAAGAGCUCUUCUUCACCACCACCACCGAAUUAUUAGAUUGUAGAGCUAUAACAUUUGACCUGUUAAGCCCAAUUAUCCGAUUAAACCCUAGUCUUAGUGGUGUAACUGCCACAAGCAGAGACUCCUUCAUUGGCCUUUGGGAUGAUUGCAUCAACAGAAUCAUAUCUAAAUUCUCUUCUGUCGAAAUGGUGUUUGUAAGAAAGCCCUCUUCAUCAUUAUCAGAUGUAGUACAGGAUCAGUGGCCUAAUAUCACUGGAUUUCUAAGAAAUUUUUGCUUGUGGAGGGGGGAGGAGACUGAUCAAUCAAGGGAGGGCCAUCUUGAUCCUUCCUCGUCUAUUGUUGAAAAGCUUCUCUGGACUUACAUGGACCUUCCUUACUUGUUGGGCUACUAUGCUGUUGGCUACAUUGUGACUUUUUGUGCAUUAAGCCGUUCACAAGACCGUAUUAUCCGAACAGAUCUUUAUACAGUAGACCUAUCAAUGCCAACAGAGAGGCUAAAAACCCUAGUCCCUUGUUGGAAGAUUGCAGGCUUACUACCAUUGUUAGCUGAACGAUGCUUCAAUUAUUUCAACAAUGGCAACACUUACAAGCUCUUUCCCUACAGUGAUUUCGAGAGGAUUGAUUUGGGUAACGGAAAUGUUUUGGAAAUGACACCAAACACGGUGACUAGGUUCUUCUCAUCCAAAAGAAAAUGUGCUGCGGUGAAAGAGAUAUACGAUUUUCUGGAUCAUCGAAUCCCACACGCUGAAUUCAUCGUCCGAUCAUCGGAGAAAGAUUUGGCAUUGAUGUUCAAGCCUAGAGGGUGCAAGUUCAAACCCACAAAUUGUGAUCAACUGAUAGAAGCUCUCAAGCACGUAACAAAAGCAUUGGUUGCACUGCAUGAUCUCUCAUUCAUGCACAGAGACCUGGGUUGGGACAAAGUUAUGAGAAGUGAUAGAGAGAACGAAUGGUUCGUGACUGGGUUUGAUGAAGCUGUGGGAGCACCACAGAUUUACCCACAUGGUGCGGCGGCGAGUGGAAGGCACGCACCAGAGAUGGGUAGGGGUUUGCAUGGGGUGAAGGUUGACGUAUGGGGUGUGGGUCAGCUAGUUAAGACCUCUGGAUUGGUUGGUGUGCCUAAAUUGCUUAGAGAGUUGAUGAACAGGUGCUUGGACCACAACCCGGAGCAGCGGCCAAGCGCCGCCGACUGCUACCACCACUUGUUGCAGUUGCAGUCUUCCCUGUCAGCUGCCGCCGCCGGAGGGUAUUGA